UCAGAAAGCUCCUGGGUCUCUGGGUCCCAAGUCCCCGGAGGCGCGGAAUGAAGAGGGAUGUCAGUUACGGUGUCCCAGAAUCGCCUUCCGCCCCUACUCCAGAGCUCAGCUGUAGGGAGCAGGGAGAGGCUGUGGUGCAGGAGGGGAGCCUAAGCCCUUCUGGCCCUGAGGAUGAGCUGGCUCCGUUCUCUGGAAUGCACACGCUGAGGGACCACAGCCCUGGGAAAGGAAGAUGCUCCGGACUAGUAACUACAGCCUGGUGCUCUCCGUGCAGUUCCUGCUGCUUGUCUAUGAUCUCUUCGUCAACUCCUUCUCAGAGCUGCUCCGCAUGGCCCCUGUCAUCCAGCUUGUGCUCUUCAUCAUCCAGGAUAUCGCCAUCCUCUUCAACAUCAUCAUCAUCUUCCUCAUGUUUUUCAACACCUUCGUCUUCCAGGCUGGCCUGGUCAACCUCCUUUUCCACAAAUUUAAAGGGACCAUUGUCCUGUCGGCUGCUUACCUGGUUCUGAGCAUUGCCUUCCACAUCUGGGUCAUGAACCUGCGCUGGAAAAACUCCACUCGCUUUGUGUGGACGGAUGGGCUGCAGGCCCUCUUUGUGUUCCAGAGGCUGGCGGCCGUGCUGUACUGCUACUUCUACAAGAGGACGGCCUUGCACCUGGGGGACCCCCGCUUCUACCAGGACUCCCUAUGGCUGCGCAAGGAGUUUGCUCAGGUCCGCAACUGAUGGCUUCCUCCAGGACCCAGAACCGUGGCUAGUCCGUGGCUGCUCCCAGCUGGCUGGCAUGGAGCCCCCCGUUCCACCUGUGCUUUCUAUUGGCUGUCUGAGAAGCCAGUGUCUCUCAAACCUGGUCUCUCACUCCAUCCCAUGAACCAAACAGGCUGGAGAGGUCCCAUGAAGAGAUGUGUCAUGCUCACACCUGCUGCUUUGCUAGUUGCCUGCUCAGGCUCUCCAUCAUCCCUGGUACCUCAUUCCACUCCCCUCUUGCAGAUCAGCGAGCCGUUCCUGCCCCUUUCUCUCUGGACCCAGCUUCAGCUUCCCUGAGGAGUGAUCUGAAGUGCCAAGCAGGUUUGGCUCAGGACUCCUGUCCUGUAACUGCAGCGUGGCUCCUUUUCAUCCAGAAAAAUCCUUCCACCUGCCCUACGCACAGCUCACUCGCUGCCUGACCAAUGUGGUCCUGUUGGUAUUGGCUGCAUUCAGCCUCCGCUUUGCAUAUCUGGUGGGAUGAGGUGCCAGGACUCAGCCUGUCCUAGCCAUGCAGCGUUAGGCCUGUCCUGGUGGUAGACCCUCAUUUUGUACCUGCGUAUUUUUGUAAAUUAUGAGACAAUAAAUUGGCUUCAUUUUCCAGAAA